GAGUAAGCACCGUAUGUACCGUAGAGAAUGGAGGAAGCCUGGAACACUGCCCAUAGAGCCAGCAGAUGAUGUCUCUACCAAUGAUGGAUGUGCUGCGGGUGUGCACAGUGCUGGAGGACAGUUUGGAUCAGCUCUCCAUUCUAGGCUUAAUCAUGCCUGUCUCCUACCGUGGCCAAAGUGACAUGGUUGGAAAUGAAAUUGGCACAAUUCUGAAGGCACAGAGACAGCUGGAGGGAAGGUUUGAGGAGCUGGUUGGCUCGCACUCUGGUCUUCGGUUUACACCCCCUCCUUUGUCAAACAAGUUGCUGGAUCUGAAGGACCAGGUGCAUGAAACAAGUCAAACGCUUAAGAUGAGCAAUGAGCAGUUUACUAAAGCAGUAAAGCAAAGCCCGUUAACAGCCGACAACUUGAAGAAAGUGCAGGCGGACAGGCAAUUUGCAGCAGAUGUCAUCACAGACAUGCUAAAGGAGCUGGAAACCACGGGAUCAUUUCAGAGCCUCCAGCAUGCCGUAGUUCUGGAAAAGGGGAAAAAAAUGAAUUUCUACGACACAAUAGACAGGGAACAGGAAGGGAGAAAAAAGGUCAAAGCAUUGCAGAAGCAGCUGCACGAUGUAAGACAGGAGAAGAAAAUGGAGCUGCAGAGCCGUAUUGAACUCAUUGCUCACCUCAAGGAUCAGCUACAAGAAAUGAAAGCCAAAACCAACAUGGAAGGCAAGUAUGUGAAGAAGGACACGGAGCUUCAGGUGUCCCAGAUACAGAAAAAGUGUAGUAUAUCAGAGUCAGACCUGCAGAUGGACAUUCAGAAAAUGAAAGAAAAGAUGGAUGAGGAGAUAAGAGUUCAUGUGGAGAUAGAAAACUUCCUCAGGCAGCACCAACAAGAAUUGGAAGAGAAGCUGGAGUACUGGAUGGAGAAGUAUGACAAAGACACAGACGAAAAGCAGGCUGAAUUGAAUGCUUUGAAGACAGCCAGAGUUAAUGAUCUCACGUUGUUGCAGGAUCUGGCCAAGCAACAUGAGGAGUAUGAGAAAGUGAUUAUUGAAGACCGUCUGGAGAAGAAGAAAGCAGAGCAGCAGAAGAAACAGGAAAAAAUGGAACUAUCCAGUGCCAUCAAGAUUCAAGCUUGGUGGAAAGGUAUUAUGGUGCGUAAAUGCCUGGGCCCUUACAAGAAAACCAAAAGCAAGAAAGGCAAAGAAAAGGGUAAAAAAGGCAAAGGAAAAAAGGGAGGAAAAAAGAAAUAA